CAUUGAUAUAUUCAGACAUGUUCUAACGCCAUCUAUUAAAAAUCGGCACGAACUUUCCGGAUGACCCAAUAUAAUGCUGAACUUAAAUAUACGGCAAUUUAAACUAACCUUCCUUUGCUCUUUAUUUAUGUUUUCUAACGGUUAACGUCCGCCUUGUGUAUCGGCUAGAAUCGGCUAAAACUGUUUGAAAACACAUUGGGAAGGGUCUUCUUCCCGAAACAAAGAACCUGCAGUCAAUAGGACCCAGGAAAACGACUGCGGUUAUUUUUUUGAAUAACAUUACAGAAAAGUCAUGAAAUUCGUCUCUGUCUCUACAUACAUUGUUUAAUGUUUCUCACGUUAAAAAUAACAUUUCGAACUCCAACUUACGGCAAAACAUUCUUAAAAAAAUUACUUUAUAAGAAAAUGUAAAAAAACGAUUUUUUUGACCCGACAAAGGUCCUAUAACCCGUUAACUCAACAAACAGUAUACGCGAGGAAAUUACCCAGAGGAUAAUAUCGGCAAACAGAGCUUACUACUCACUUAUUAAACUGUUUAGGAGUAAAUUAAUAUCGAGAGCAUGCAAGCUCAAGCUGUAUAAAACAUUCAUCAGACCCAUCGUAUGUUAUAACGCGGAGACAUGGACAAUGAUGAUCACCGAUGAGAAUAGUCUGAGAGCCUUUGAGAGGGAAAUACUAAGGAAACUUUUUGGCCCGAUAAAAGAGAAGAACAACGAAUACAGAAUUAGAUCAUGAGAUUUUACAUCUAAUGGAGAAUGAGAACAUAGUCAGAUUUAUAAAGGCGCAGAGGCUGAGAAUGGAACAUAUAGAGCGAAUGAGCAUGGACAGGACAACAAAGAGGAUGUAUGAGGCAGUAUGCGUGUCUACGAGAAGAUGCGGGAGACCGAGGACACGGUGACGUGAAGAGGUCGGGGGAGACUUGAGGAGGAUGUCGGUUGCCAACUGAAAAGAAAUGGCGAGGAAUAGGGAUGGUUGGAAGCGCAUAGUGUUGCAGGCUAAGGCUCACCCCGAGCUAUGAUGCCAAUGGAUGAUGAUGAUAUGUUAUUAAAGACAUCUUCCUGAAAUUACUCGGAAAGAUGACCUCUAUAAUAUAUAUGAAGAUCAAGUUUCCACUUUACGUAAACAGUCGAAAAGGUAUGCAAAACUAUUAAACUUCUUUUGUUAAUAACUUUUUAAUAAACAAUGAGCGCUGGCUAAAACCUUCACAACAUCACUUAGAGUGAUGACCUUGACGAUAUAUUAAAAAAUUAUUGAAAUCGGGAGGUGGUUCGUAUUUCAAAAUAAUUACUAAAAUAUAUUAUACUAUUUGAUUUCGUCAUUAAUAUGGAACAAAUAUAUCUCCCCCCCCCUCUCUCUCUCUUGCUGUCUCCACUCAUUCCCUAUUUGGUAUAGUUAUUUUCUAUAUGUUUUCAAGUCAUGCGGCUUGAAUAUAUGCGGGAAUAUAUCGUGCCAGGUCAUGGUCAUAAUCCUCAAUGGCUUCCGCGUUUGUAGUGUUUCCUGCCAAUCUUAUAAAUUAGCUCUGGUUUCUUGAUUGAAUUACAUUUCGAAUUGUGGAACUGCGUCUAUUUGACUGACUAUCAAUCAGUAACUUCACAAAUGAUUCUGUGACAUCGUAAAUUUUCUUUUUGUUGCAUCAGAAUGGCUAUUAUAUUGGAAGAUAGAGACAUUAUAGUACACAGAAGUCUAUCAGAAUGGUGGAGCGAGGAGACGGAGUAUGUAUUCCAGAGAAUCGAAAAAUGGAUUGCCUUCGCACGUGGUUAUAAUCGUCUUCGAUCGUUGAGGUGGUUGAAAAAUCAGCAAAUGAUGCAAGUCCCAUCUUGUAAUGUACCUUCCAAUGAUACUGCUUGCUCAUCGCAAUUUUAUAGCCUAAAGCGAUCUAAACAGAAAUGGAAUCCAGAAGAAAUCAAAAUCAAUUGUUGCGAUACCUUCAAUUAUCAGUCGAACAGCAAAUUGGACAGCAAUUGUCUAGAAGCGUACCGAUACGACUAUAGCAUUUAUUUUAAGACUAUUGGUGAUAUUAGAAAGGAUAAAAAUAAUGUAAGGUAUUAAGACAAAGUAUGUGAUAGCAGCGAGAAAAUAGUCAAAUGGUAUGCCAAUUUGUUCACUGAUAUAAUUAUUGACUAACUGAUUUACGAAGACACUCACAAUAAUAAUUAUUUAGGCACUCGAAAUGUUUCGGAUGCAGUUGUUGAACAAAAAGAGAAGAAAAUGUUACAAUUACAAUUACCUGGCGUUGCUCCGUCUAAACUUGAUUUGAUGGAUAAUCAAGGAAGAAAUAAGAAAUUGCAAGAGAACAAUGUAAGUUCAAACAAGAUAAACAAGAAAGAAGAUCAAGAAAAUGCGUGGCAAAGUCAUGAAGGGUUAAAAAAAUUUCGCUCAUUCUGGAAAAGGAGUUGAUCGUCUAAGAGUAUAUGUACAUUGUCAAUUGUGGGCGAGAGCAUUGCUAUUUCGCUAGCAGUUUUACGAAAUUAAAUUUGUUUUGAUAUCAAUAGCAAUUGUAUGUGCAAUCAGAAAAACUGAAAUCUAUCAUAUAAAAAACUUACAUAAGUUUUUUGAUCAUUUUGUGAACCACUCAUAAAAUUUUAUAAAAUAAUUUAAUAUUAUACGAUAUUGUUAUUAAUGAAAAUCUAUGUAUAUCAAUUUAAUUUUUGCAUACUUUCAAUUUUCUAUUAAACUACAUAAAUAAUGCAUUUAAAUAGUGCUUGUUUCUGACAGUAAAUUAUGUUUAUUCAAUUUAUUUAUUUGUUUUAUUUAGUUUAUACAUCUGCUUACAUUUAAUUUAUGUAAACAUAUACAUAUAUAUAUAUAUAUAUAUAAUAUAAAAUAUAUUACAAAAUAUGCUUGCAUAAAAUAUUGUAUAAUAUUCAUCUACGUUUUAAAAUAGGAUUAGAAGAGAGAUUAAAAUAAAAAAGUAUAAAAAAGGUUGAAC